CAACCACGCGAAAGGUCAAAAUGUCGUCCGACCUGUUCGCGGCCUUUGGCGAACCGCCAGCAGCGCCAUCAACCUCGGCACCUGCUGCUGACGACGAUGACGAUUUUGGUGACUUUGAGGAUGCGUCUGCUGCUGUUGUCACAGAUAUGACGAAGGCGUCGAGCAUGGGCAGCACAACGACACACGUUGCGCCUUCGGCCCCCAAAGCAUUGCCAUUUUCGCCGAAGCCAGAUGCCGGGAGGUCGGAGCCAGAGCGAGUCAUUGGCAGGCACCCAUUUGCAGACCACAUGGACUUUUUGUUCUCUGGCGGCGAUGAUGAGUAUGAUGCUGGAGCAGAUGAUCUUGAAGACCUGUCGAGGAACCCCGAAGCAGCCAUGGCAUAUUCAAAACGGAUGAUUGCAGAGCAAGAAGCACAGGCAAAGAAGAAGCCUCUUCCCUUCUCAAAGCCGCAGUCGCCCGCCAAAAAUCCUCCCAAAGCACCAAACAAACUACAGAAAAAGUCUGGGUAUGUGCCUACUAGAGACCCGAAUGUGCUUUUCGAUGCCGAUAACGUGUCUGAGCAUGACACAGAUGAUGAUGAUUUCGGCGACUUCGAGGCAGCGCCAUCUACAUCUAGGCCCAACACCACUUCUGCAACACCCAUUGCGAAAACCACUCACGGCAAAUUGCAAAAGAAGAACGGCCCACCUGGCCAGAAGACACCGAAGGCGACGAUGGCGCCGAGAAUGCCACAAAUUGAUCUCCUCGGGCUAGGCGACGAGGUUUCCGUGCCAGAAAUUCUGAGCCCAAGAUCUGAACGUGCCAACAAUAUCCUAGGGCACGCAAAAGCCGAUUCUAUGACACGACCAAAAGGAUCAAGCCUUGUUCCCAAACGCGACGACGAUGCAUGGGACGAUUUCGAUGCGACUGAACCGGUCACCGCACCUGCACUUGUUCCAGCACACAGUGGCACGCGCCCUGCUCCUUCACCGAGUCCAACAAUAUCAACGAGCAGCGACUUCAAAUCGACCGAUCAGAAUGAAGUCCCCCCAACUAACGUUCCGCCACCAAUCAUCCUGCUCUCCGCUUUCACCUCAAUAUUCUCAUCAGCACAAGAAGCCCUCUUCGCACCUCUAUCAAAACUAGAUCUCUCCUCAAGAGCCCAACUCCUCUCUCACCCCGCAACGCACCAAUUCCUGACAUCCUAUCUCAAGUCCGCAAUCGUCCUAGCACACAUCAUCGCAGGCAGAAAACUCCGAUGGAAACGAGACCAAAUCCUAGCACAAUCAAUGCGCAUCGGACCCUCGGCCGCAGGUGGCAAGGGUGGCAUGAAGUUGACUAGUAUCGAUAAGUCUGAAGUUGGAAAGGAAGAUCGAGAAGUUCUCGAUGUGGUGCAAAAGUGGAAGGGGCAAGUCGGAAAACUAAGGACUGCGGUGACGACUGCUUCUGGGACGCCGCAAACCGGGAAAGACAAAUUACCAAGUGUGCCAGAGAUUGCGGAGACGAUGCCUGUCAAGACUUUGAAAGCGACAGAAGGUGGCUUCGUGGCGCCGCAUGCUUGUGCCCUGUGCGGGCUGAAACGGGAAGAGAGAGUUGUAAAGGUGGACUCUGACGUGAACGAUUCGUUUGGGGAAUGGUGGAUUGAUAACAUGAGCAUGCAUGUGACAUGUAGAGAUUGGUGGCAUGAGUAUAGAAACAAGCUCAAAGGGAGGUAGGAGUGAAUGUCACAGCGGAAGUACGCGCACCA